AACCGAUGAAACAGGUCCGGUAUCGAGGAGAGUGCAUAGAGGACGUAGACGCGAGUUCGAAAACGGCGAUAACGAUUGGAAACUACACCUGGCGCGAGAAUGACGAUAAUACGAGAGUGAUCGACAUAAACGACUACUGCGGUUUUCUCUGGAUGGUGAAUUUCAUAUGGGAGGAAUUCUACGUGCUGUCAAAUUUUUCCAUCUAUAGACCGAAUCACGGAGAAUCCCUGUCGAAUUUCGAAUAUUAUUGUUUAUUCCGAAAACCUCGAUCCACGGAAUUCGUGUUGAAGAUUUGUAGGGCGUGGGCGAAACGUGGCUGGUGGGAAUCGGUGUUCGUGGUGUAUUCGAUUAUACUAAUGUUCGUAGUUUUCAUUUCUUACACCAUAACCCCGGAAUUCGGGAAUCUCAAUGGGACGAUAUUCCGAUCGUACAUCGGGACUUACAUAGGACUUUACGUUUUCGCGAUACUCGCUUCGAACCUCGUCGGCCGUACGAAUUUGAUUACCAUGUUUCAAAUAGCCAUCUCUGGUGUGUGAAAUGUCCCUGAUAAAUUAUCAUGAUCCUUUGACCGAUGAUAACGAGCUUCUUUUUUCACUGAAAACCAUCCCGCUGGAAAAUCAAGUAUUUCUCUUUCAGGGUUGGUGUAUUGCGCUGCUAGCUGUGCGUUUUGGUUGAACGUAAUGAGUAUGAAUAUCAUGCGUACGUUCAACCAGCUACUACCCGUCGACAGACGCACUCGGACGAGCGCCGGAAAAAGGCUUCUUCGUUAUGCCAUCUACGCUUGGUGUGUUCCCAUUCUGUUUGUUACGAGUUGUGCUAUGUUAGCAUCGCGGGUGCCUUAUCUCCAAACGGACACUUAUGGACAGACUUUUUUAUUAAAUUCCUGUUCGGCGGGACUUGUCUUCUUCUUCACUCUGAACUUCGUGAUGUUCGCUCAAACAGCUUGGAAAAUCAGACGCGACAAUGCGGAAAAUGCGGAGAUACUCAAUAUCAACAGGGAACGCCGUUAUGCCGCCAAACGAUGGUUCACCUUGAACGUGAAAUUGUUUCUGAUAAUGGGAGGUCACUUACCGGUAUGGCUUUUUUGGGUGAUUUGGAUCAGUCCGACGGCCACUCAUGUUUUGGCUGCUUUCGAAGCGUUUCAAAGUAGUCUUAUAUUUUACAUUUUCAUUUGGAAACACGAUAUCAAACGAACAUUGCUCGAACAAUUCAACACAUUUUUGACAAGACACCAGUUAAUUCGUCUCGGCAUGCCUCAACGCGCCGUAUCGCCUCCCGCGUCAAACUGAACAUACGACAAGUAUUGUUCGCAAAUUCCUCAUCCAAACGUCACGCGGAGAUGACUUUUCGAUGUACGAAAAAAGGAGAAUUUAUUUCAGGGUCUGAUAUCCAGAUCAAAGCCGUUCUCUUCCCUUGUAAAAUACCUGUAUAAUCCAGUGCCAUAGUCACAACCAUGAUUGAUUACAAGGGGGAAUUCAAGUAAUUACGGGCGAAAUGCAACUGUGAAAGAUUGUACCGAGCUUAUCUGUUAUCGCCAUUUUUCAUCGAUGUAUAUAUAAUGUAGAAAUAUAUACGUAUAUAUGUAUAUAGAUUUGUGCAUAAUCGUAUCAUUUAUUUUAUUGAUAACGUCACUCUAGAUUCCCUCAAUUUAACUUAUUUCCAGUACCUACCCUAACAGCUCGUUCCACCCCCUUUGAAUCACUUAGUUAACCAAUUUUAUUUUCAUUCCUCCCUUCUCCUCCCUUUCUCUCUGCAUUUCUCGAAUCUUUAUCACUCUAUUAUAUAUGUAUACAUAUAUAUAUGUAUAUGUAUAUGCGUACA